AUGGCGGCCCCGCAGGCUUCGCUCAGUCCCCCAAAGGGGAUCCUGAAGAACAAGGACUCUACGACUUCCUCCAUGGCGGUCUCCAACGAGCUGCAGCCCGAACUGCGGCCCAGCAGGAGUGGCAACGAACAGAGGAAAAAGUCCCAGAUUGGGUGGGAUGAAAUGAGCAUCAAGGCGACAUACCAUCCAGCAGACAAAGACUAUGGCUUAAUGGAUGUACAUGAAGCAAGCACCCCGUACCAUCGCACGGUAGGUGAUGAUGAAGAUGCAACGCGUGAUUCAGGAGCCGCUCAAGCCCUGACCCCAGACGCAUUAGCUAACAAAUCGGCUGCUGCUGAGGGCUCAGAGCCAAAGUAUCGGGUUCAUGGACAGGACAGCAGUGACGAAGACGGUGCCUUCUCACCUGAGAAACAAGGUAAAAAAAAGCGACAGUUUGAAAUGAAAAGGAAGCUUCACAGCAAUGAAGGACUGAAUAUUAAAUUAGGUAGGCAAUUAAGUUCAAAAAACCUAGAUAAUGAUGAGGAAGAUGAAGAAAUGUCAGAGACCACAGCCGGACAAAAUAUGGAUAUGAAAGAAUAA